AUGGAUGACCAUUCAACGAUAAGUACAUGUUUGGACCUUCCUGUAAAUUUAAGUCAAGUAGAAAACUUGUGGUGUCCGAAUGAUUAUGAACGUAGUGUUCUAAAAGAAUAUAUUGAUUUUAUAUUUAAUGAUCAAACUAGCGUCAUACCAACAGCAUUACCAUUGCCGAUGAUGACUGACAAGAAAUGUCUUGACAGGAUCAAUCCUCUUCUAAUUAUUCUUCUCAUUGGAAUCUUAUUAUUAGUUGCCAUGAACCUUGUCAUGGUCUCUAUAAUAACACAUGCAAUCUAUCGUACUAAAACUGAUCAACGACAAAAUCAUUCACUACAAUAUGAUAAAAUCAUUUUGAAAGAUAAUGAUAUUCAACCAGAUAGACAUGAACGAUUUCAUGUUAAAAGAAAUCAAAACAAGAAAAAUCCAGGUCGAUCUACUCGUACUUAG